GACAGACGCGGAAAGACUGUCUGUCUUGUAAAUACACCUAUGUUCCAGCUGAGGUAAACGUAUCAAUUGCAGCGGUGAACCCCUGUCUUCGAAGAUGUAUUCGGAUCUUCUUUCGCAAACUGAAUCGGCAUCGACCAGCGGUCAUGAUGACCUCUCCGUCGGCGAUGUGUUUACCCCACAAGCGGAUCUUAAUCUCCAGAUGGAUACUGAAAAAGUUGAGGAAACUGGAUUCAAUAUGCGCACCGACUGUCCAGCGCCCAGGAGGGUUCCUUCAAUUAUCCCGGAGGAAAAGGGACGUCAUCCAAACGGAGCGCCAACUGCGCAUCGUGCGAGCGCGAAUACCCCGCGAAAGAAGAAGAAGAAACCGCGCGCCAUCCAGGAAAAUCAGCUUGCCCCUGCUUUGUCGACAGUUCGAGGCUUUACCCCAGCGCCUUCCGGUGAUGAAGAUUCGGACUUUUCUAACACGGGUUCCUGUGUGAUGUCCCCUCGACUGAAUCCGCUCCCGGGCAAUGCGGAUAGCCCGGUGACACGGCCCGCUUCAGCAUGUGGUGGAAUCAGCGCCUUGAAGCUGCAGCUCGAUUCUCUGAGCCUUUCUGGCAGCCGUGUGUCAAGCAAGCUCGGGUCGCAGACCCCGAGUAACGCCAGUGUAAGCUCGGAUAGUGACCGGACCGAGGUGAUGACCAGCUAUGAGGUGCCUCUGGAGGAGGACUUUGUCAGCGCUGACGCCGCUGCGGACGAAGCCCAGACUUCCAUGGACGAGGAGGAUCUGCGUAAACAGCUAUGCAGAAAGAUGACGACCAGGGACUUUGAACCAUUGAUGUGUCUGGGGAAGGGCUCUUUUGGAACUGUGUUGCUCGUGCGCCACAAUAUCACGGGAAAGCUCUACGCGCAAAAGCAGUUCCGGAAAGCCUCAAUUACCGUUCACCGGAAGCUCGUUGAGCAGACAAAGACCGAACGUAUGAUCCUGGAGAGCGUCAACCGCCAUCCGUUCGUUGUGAAACUUUACUACGCCUUCCAAGACCACGAGAAACUCUACCUCAUUUUGGAAUAUGCCCAAGGUGGUGAGCUGUUCACCCACUUGGCAAUGGAACGCAUGUUCUCAGAAGAUGCCGCCGCCUUCUAUAUGGCUGAGAUGGUCCUGGCGCUUGAACAUCUCCAUCAGAAUGUCGGAGUGGUCUACCGUGACCUGAAGCCCGAGAACUGUCUCUUGGACGCCGAAGGUCAUCUGCUGCUUACCGACUUCGGAUUGAGUAAGGUCGCCGUCAAUGAAGAUGACCGUUGCAAUUCCUCACUUGGAACUAUCGAAUACAUGGCGCCCGAAGUCAUACAAGGCAAGCCUUAUGGCAAGGCUUGUGAUUGGUGGUCGCUGGGUGCUCUGGGAUUCGACCUCUUGACUGGUUCGCCGCCAUUCAAAGCCAACAACAAUGCGAAGAUGCAGGAGAAGAUCAUUAAGCAGAAGCUAGUCCUGCCGUACUUCCUGGGCCCCGAUGCGAAGGACCUGCUCACCCGUCUGCUCCGUAAGGAGCCUUCCAAGAGGCUUGGCUACCAUAUGCCCAAGGACCUGCAGACCAUCAAGAAACACCGUUUCUUCCGCAAAAUUGACUGGAAGGCUCUUGAGCGACGGGAGCUGGAACCCCCGAUCAAGCCUGUCAUCACGGAUCCUGCGUUGGCAGAGAAUUUCUCUACCGACUUCACCGGCCUGACGCUCAGUCCGAUGGUGAGCACCAAUGAUUUCGAAGAGGACGAUGUCGGGAAAAUGUUGAACAUGGUUGGGGCGUCUGGCGGGAAGGACGUGCCUGGUGAAGCUCCGGUCGAGACUGAUCCUUUUGGCGGUUUCAGCUUCGUGGCUCCGAGCAGCCUUUUGAAUAGUGAUGCCGGGCUGACUGCUGCCGGAUUCUGACUCCAUGGCAGAAGAACUGCUGCUGUGUACGCCUGCUCUCUUAGAGAUUAUCUCUCUAGCAAUUAUCUCUGCACAGUCUCUACCGUCAAGCACACUUUCCCUCCCACUCUCAUCAAGUUCGUAGACGAUUGACUUGAAACGAUAUCAAUCGGUCCAUCAGACUAGUCUUCGUAGGUUUCGACUAGUCAGUAGAGCCAUCUGAUCUGCAUGGGAACUCCGUUGCUUGGCGAGUGGUACAACUCCGUUGCUUCCUCCUUCGAUUUGACGUCUAGCACGUAGAUAGAUCAUCUCACGCCGUAACAGUAUGGACGAGAAUGUUGGAAAUCCAGACGAAUUGCUGGAACCCGAACGGGCAUGUCCCGCCCACCGUCACGUGGCUGGUCUGGAUUUUCGAGAAUUGCGAUAAGCAACGAAGGCGAAAUCUCUCU